UAAUCUCGAGUGUAUUGUAAGUGUGAUGAUCAUCUGCUAAAUGAGCAACAACGACCACAAUUCACUCCUUCAGUCAGUGAAGCUCCCACAGCCGUUCAUGAGAGUUUAAAUGCUGGGGAAUAUUCCCAUCUUCCCACAGGAAGAGAAGAAGCGCGCAGGAGGAAUUACUCCAGGAGAAACUACGGACAUACUAUUGUAAAGAUGGAGAUUAAGAAAGAACCCUGCAGAAUAAAAGAUGAAGAUACAGAGGAACAAAUAGACCUGAUGGAACUGAAUGAAGACAAACAGCGUCAGUUUCAAAAACCUAAUUAUUUCACAAAUGAAGAUGGAGAUGCAGUCGUUUCGAAGACUGAAGAGAAUUUCACACAGAGACAAGUUGGAAAAUCUGGAGUCAAAGGAUCUUUCACCUGUUCUGAGUGUGGAAAGAGUUUUGUAUCUAAAUCAAACCUGAACACACACAAGAUGAUUCACACUGGAGAAAAGCCUUAUACAUGCACUCAGUGUGGAAUGAGUUUCAGAUGUAAAGGACACCUAAACGAUCACAUAAGAAUUCACACUGGAGAAAAACCAUUCACAUGCUCUCAGUGUGGAAAGAGUUUCAGUUACAAAAACUCUCUCAAAGAUCAUCUGCGCCGUCACGCUGGAGUGAGAUCAUUCAGCUGUGAUCAGUGUGAUAAAACAUUUGUUUUUGAAUCAGGCUUAAGAACACACAUUAAAGUUCAUACCGGUGUGAAGCCUCACUUUUGUUCUGUAUGUGGAAAGAGUUUUUUACAUCAUGGUUCUUUAAAAAAGCAUGAGCAUAUUCAUACUGGUGUGCGACCUUAUAUGUGCUCUGACUGUGGAAAGACCUUGAUUUCAUCCAGCGACUUAAAACAACACCAGAGAGUUCACACUGGAGAGAAACCGUACAAGUGUUCACAAUGUGGAAAGAGAUUCUCUCGGUCAGGAAACCUGAAAGAUCAUGAGAGAGUUCAUACUGGAGAGAAACCGCACCAGUGCUCUUCAUGUGGGAAGAGAUUCAGUCAUUUAUCUAAUCUACAGAAACAUAAGAAAAAUCAUUGCCCAAGGGGUCUGAGUGAGCACAGUUCACGUCCAUAACUUGUAAAUAAGCAAAUGAUGGAAUUACAUUUAAUACUAGCCUGGCUAACGCUAGACCACGUAUCAUUGAUAAUGAAACGUGGUCUGGAAACCACAUGUUCAUUUUCACGUAUUUGAGGCGUGGUUUACGAAUGCCCGAGCUGUAUUACACUUAUUACCAUAUUGGGUGCAACGAAAGUCUAAUGUGUCAAAUGCGCCUGUACGUCUCUCAAAUGCGCCUGUGCUCCCUCCCCGUUCUGUGAUUGGUUCCCUAUUUCAGGGGAAAAUUUGGUUCAUGGUGUCCAGACUGCCUAUAAAAUAUAUACUGACGAAUAAAAUCGUGCUGCGGCAAGGCAGCAUGGGGAAACCCAGGCUAAUUUAAUACAGUAAUUUAAUCUAAAAUUAGUAUUGAAGUUUGAUUGUUUGAUAAGGGGAACCGGUUAAAAUAAGGUCCCAUGGUGGUCGAUCAGAAGGGGAAGGACUUAGGCUCUCUAUGGAGACGUGACAGGUGGGGCGCGCCAACGGGAGGAAAUUUUCCUUGUUAUGCCUUUAUUUCUUUAUUAGUUCAUGGCGAGUCUGCAUGGUCAACGCAGAAAACACCAGUUUAUUAAUAAACUACUUGCUAUUUUUUACACAUUAAUUUUUGCCGGCUCGUACGCUUGAGUGAGGCUUUAUCAUUGUACUGUAUAGCCUAUUUAAGUUAUUAAAUCAAUAUAAAGGGGCGAUUUGUCCACUAAUGGCUUAGCUAAAUAAACAACUACUAGUCGAGUAGAAAAAAACUUUAGUCGGAGGCAGCCCUUAUUCCACAUAUUUUCGAACCAGCAGGGUUGAGCGCAAUGAGCGAGGAAUAUUCAGAAAUGCACUCGCCGCUCACAUGCUCCGAUCAGAACAAAGGAAUAUAGAAAUAAUUAAUCAUUAGUUUAUAUCUCAUACACUGCCCAUCAUUUUAAUCCCAUAUCAAACAUGGUACCCUAAUUAGAAAAUAGAAAAGAGACCUGUCUUGCCAAAUUGAUUUCUCUUCUUUUCUUUUUUUAACAUUUUGACACAGCUGCACUUUUAAUUUCUCUAUUUUUCAAUUCCAUGUAAGUCAUGACACAGCUGUACUUUUAUUUUCUUUAUUUUUCAACUUGCUGUUAUGUGAUUUGAUGUAGAUAGAUAGUUAGUUUGUUUUUAAAUACUACUUGUACUUCAAUAAA